AUGCCGCUGUGUCCUAACCAGCUGCACCACGGCAGAGAUGAGGAGAUACCCAACUGGAACAUCUUCCGGACGGAGCCGAUCGAAGAGGCGUCCGGCUCGGCCGUCGAGCACCCCAUCUACAAGGCGUCCAUCAAGAUCCUGAAGGUUGUGGUGCACCUGCUGUCCUUCGGCAUCGUGCUGACCGGCUGCGUCGUCGCCAAGGGCACCACGCUCUUCAUGACGGCCCAGCUGAAGCCGGGCAAGACGCUGAUCUACUGCGACAGGAACAUCGGCCUGGGGCGGUCGUGGCGAGUCGAGAUACCCGAGGUGGAACGAGUUGCUUGGGUCUGGUGCCUGUUCUUGGCGUUCGUGGUACCGGAGCUAGGCACCUUCAUCCGGUCGGCCCGCAUUUGCUUCUUCAAGAGCUGGCGGUGGCCGGCGCUCUUGGAGGUGCUGACGGUGGGCCUGCUGGAGGGCCUGCACACCGUCGGCCUUGCCGUGCUGAUGUUCGUGGCGCUGCCCGAGCUGGACUCGGUGCGCGCCCUCAUGCUGACCAACUGCGUCUGCCUGGUGCCGGCCGUGCUGGGUGAGGGUCGGGCCGCACGCGGCGGUCACUGGCUGCGAUCUGUCCACGGCUAG